AUGUUCCUGACGAAUGUCCUGCGGAAAGGCAUAGGUGGUCGCCAGUGGAUUGGCAAGUACAGACGGCCUCGGGAGGUCACAUGGUGCAUGAAGAACAAUAUGUUGAAGAAGCUGGAGAUAGAAGCGGAGACGGAGUAUUGGAUUAGCCGGCCCUACAUGACCAAACAGCAGGAGUUCCGGCAUGCCACAGAGAGGAGGCAGAGACAGUUUGAGGAGCUGAAGGCCCAAAAGCGGGCCAAAUUCCCCCCACACAAAUUCCUGGCUGACCAUUUGGAUCACUUAAAUACUACCAAGAAAUGGACUAUCCUGUAA